CUCUUUUAUGAUCUCUUUGGCAAAGAGAGCCAGCCUUGAUAUAACUUUCUAGGAUUGGUGGGCUACCCGAAUCACCGAGCAGUACUGUGUGUCUAGGGUCAUCCCAAAUAUACUGAUUUCCCCAUUUCCUCUCUCACCACACAGAAUAAAACUCCUGGCACCCAUCUCACAAGGCUAUUGUGCUGUUCAGAUGAGAUCACGCAUGUAAACUUUAAUGAGAUGAUGUACAAUAAGCAUUUUGUCAUCAUUUCAUUGUGAUAUAAAUAUCAGUUACUAUCAUUUUUCUAAGCCACUAAGAAAAGAGUAGAUCAGGGCUGAGGCAACUGGGCUGUGGUUCUGGCUUAAUCCUCAGCCUGCCAGCGACCCUGGACACAAUUGCCCGCUGGCCAGCUCCCUCUUGGCCUAGGGGAGGUCGAGUCAGGCUUUCUUACCAGAGAUCACUCGUUAUUGCCACCCCCACCCCCUCCAUGCCAAAGGGGCCCCUCACUUUGUCUAAAUUUUGCUGCUGCCAGACACAAGUGUUAGGUGGGGAAAACACACACACGUGUAUGUACGGCUUAAGAGUUAAAAAUAAAACCAGUCCGAGGAGCACAGAGGGGAGGGUCGCUCCUCGUAGGCAGAAUUUUAAGCUCUAAUCUCCCUCCCAGCUGCCAAGAACUCCUCCCUCCAGCUCACAGCCUACAAGCAGAGUGGAGGAGAGUCUGGGGGCAGACACUCUGCGGGUGGGGAGUCCUCCUGAUCAGGGGCUGGGGAUGGGGAGUGAGGGGAAGGGACAAAGUCUGGGCAACUAAGGAGUAAAGGGCAGAGGGCAUGGGAGUGCGCCUCCAUCGCUCCCGUUUUCAUGAAUCUGUUCAAGUGAGCGCAGUGGGUACAAGUCAAGGGUCCAGGGGCAGGGACGCCUCUCUAACUCCAUUAUGGACUCCAGGGGUAGAAUUGAGCUCGGUUUCCAGAAUUUCCUUCUAACCGAUUCAUCUUCCGGACAGCAUCCAUUCCCUCUGGUGAGAGAGCUCCGACGAAUUUAACUCAACCCAGGGAUGCAGGCUGCGCCUCUAUCCUUCGGCCUGCACGGGACGCGAGCUCGGGGGAGGGAAGGCGUUAACAGUUUGGGUCCUCGUUCUUGGACCCUCUGAGCCUCCGAGACACCAAACUGGGUCUGCCCCAGUCCAGGGGAGGGGGCGGCCUGGAAGAGAGCGCAGAGAGCCCGCGGUUAGGCCAGGAGGAGCAAGGCGAGCAGAUCCUUGGGCCUCCGGGGCCGUCCAGGGGCGCAGCGGAUAGAGCGCGCGCUCCCCAGCGCCCCGAAAGCGUGGAAGGAAAGCGAUGGCUACUCAGGACUUCGCCGCCCAGCCCGGGCCCCCGGGAGCUUCCUCGGCGGCGGAGCUCGCCGGCAGAGGCGCGGCCGACUUGGCCGGGAGAGCAGGGCCAGACGCCCUGCAGAAGCCCCCCUACUCCUACGUGGCGCUGAUCGCCAUGGCCAUCAAGGAGAGCCCGGAGCAGCGGCUCCCCCUGAGUGGGAUUUACCGGUACAUCGUGGGUCGCUUCCCCUACUACGAGCGCAACCAGAAGGGCUGGCAGAACAGCGUCCGCCACAACCUCAGCCUCAACGAGUGCUUCGUGAAGGUGCCCCGCGACGGCGGCCCCGGAGCCCCCGGAGAGCGCAAAGGCAACCUGUGGGCCCUGGACCCGGCCUUCCAGGACAUGUUCGACCAGGGCGAUUAUCGCCGGCGCCGGCGCCGGCGUCCCCGCCCUCGCGUUCCGCAGCCCCCCGGGCCCCCGACGGGGCGCUCCCCUGCGCCCUCGCCCCUCUCCUUCCCCGAGCUGCCCUGCUGCGUGCCCCAGCGUCCGCUCUACCUGCUGGGCGAUCCCUGGGCGCUGGGCCAGCCGCAGCCAACCUACUUGCAGCCGGGCUGCGCCCCUGCCGUCGGGGGGUCACCCGGGAGCUACAGUGCCUUCUCGCAGAGCCCCGAGCCCCGCCAGCCUCGGAAUCCUGGGGAGGCUGCAAGCGGCUACAGAGCCCCGGCCCCUGCGGCAGCCGCCCCGCUGUCCAUCCACUGGGGGGGAGCAGGAGCUGUCCAGCCUCCGUGGAGCGUCGGUGGCCUUCCGCAAGCGGGACUUCUGACGGCCGCUGCUCCCCAGGAAUUCCCACCCCAGCUCUCCUCCCCAACCUCAGUCCAACUGGAUUUCUGA